AUGCCUGGAAUACGGAACCUCAUUGCCAGAGAUCAGCUGGAUUGGCCCGACGCCGGAAAUGGUAAAAAUGAGACCAUUCUUGGUGGUGUGCGCUUUCCAUUAUCGACAUUGGACCACUUCAACUACACGUACUACAGCAAUGGAACGAUGUCCAAUGGGUCGCGCUGCUACCUGACGUUCAAGCCGUACCAACCCGUUGAACUAUAUCCCAACGGCACAUUUCUCAAUGCGACAUCUUGCUACCAUGCUAUCGAUAAUAUUGCUGUGCGCGGCUAUGUUGGCAUCGGUUUCGCGGUUGCUUAUGGAAUCGCACUCGUGCUGACGAUAACGGUUUUGACGAAACACGGAAAACAGUACCUCCCGAAAACGAAGCGAUUUUUCCCGAUCGGACGGCGAUGGCAGUGGUACUGGGCAUGCUUUGUAUGCGCUUGUGCUCUCAUCAGCCUUUUCAUCAAUGUCGAUGUCGACCGGUAUCGUGUCCAGGAACUCCCCAUUGUUGUUAUGGUUUUCUUCUGGUUUCUCCUCUGCCAGGGCACCACGGCUUUGGUAUGGGAGUCAGUUAGACAUUGGGGCAGUUGGCAAGAACGACAGUUCGUUGACCCCAAUCCUUUCGUUCUGCCUUCGGAUGACAGACGUUCGAAAGUCGAGUUCUGGCUCCCCAUCUGGUUCUAUUUCUGGACCUGGCUCAACUUCUUCCUCGUGGUGCCCCGAAGCUGGACCUUUGUCGAGAAGCAGCGCUCCCCGGAACAGACUGCUGCUAUUGCCAUUCCGGCGGCACUUAGUGGCCGCUUCAAAGCUGGCGCAUUUUGCCUUGCAAUCUCCUGGCUUACGAUCCUUUUUUCACUGCGCCACUCAAUUCUUCAUUACAAGCCGAGAAACCGCGGGCUGCUCAACAAAUCAGUCGGGCUGGUACAGUCUGUGCCGCUGCGAUUUGUGCUUACCAUCCCCCUCUUGGGAGCCCUCAUCGCCUACCAGAUCUUCAUGUCGUUUAAUUGGGAGCUGUCCAUCCUUAGAUUCCACGGCGUUGUCCCAGUUCAGUUUGGCUGGGGAUUCGGACCAUCGCUUGCCAUCAUGCUUGUUCAAAUCAUAUACGGAUAUGUCAGCCCGAAUGAAGACAAGGAUCUAAUUCGCCAACGUCGUGAGCGGGGUGAAGUCAUUGAUCGUGAACUGGGACUUGUUAAAAAGCCCGCUUGGUGGCGUCGCGUGAGAGGCGAACACGAGGAGCUAUCGUUCCGCGAGCGUAUUUUUCGCAACGUCAAGGAAGUUGGAGGCGAGCGCGGCAUCGGCCGGAGAGAAGAAGAUGAGAUGGAGAGACAUAUUCGGCAGGAAGCGCUUCGCAUGGCCGUCGACGAUGGCAUUGAGCUUCCCAACAUGCCGCAACGCCAAUCCCAGAACCCCCGAGAAGACAGGGCUGGAGUACGGGAUAUCAUAAGCAGCCAGCCUAAUUCCGACACAACGCCUCUGCCUCGAUACGAGGGCAAGUCACAACGCAGGCAGACUGAGCGAGUUGUGCAGUCUGCCGCGGGAGUCUUGUUUCCCAACAAUGAGGCUGAGGCCGCACGAGCUCGCCGAGAGGCCGAACUUUUCGAGGAUGGUCCUCCGCCUGCGUACACAGAUCCGGCCAGAGGACGCCAUACGUCGGAGAGACCAGACUCUGCGCACCGACAGAACAGCACAUCGACAACGAAUUCUGUGUCUGCUCCACCACAGCAAGUGCGUAGCAUGUUGGAUGUUUAG